AUGGAGGUUACCGAUCUAAACGAUUUGCUUAAUGUACGAUCUAUCAAAAUGGAACAAGGAGAUUCAGCAUUUGAUGAGAAUACAGUCGAAAGUUCUGAUCCUCUAUCUAUAAUACCUCAGUACGUCACUGAAUCAGACCUAGGUCUAAUGCAAGCUGGUGGGGAGAUACUGCAGACUCCCCUAGCGGUUUUCUCCGAUACUCCUGACGAAGAUGACACUAUGCAGAGUACGGAGAGCAGUGAUGAGGUGAUAGUCCAGUUGAUGGACAUCAGAACUAAUUUGUCUCGUCUCCGAGCCAUGUUAGAACGAAGACUAGGAUGUGAUCUCUCUGAUUACACGUUUUGGCUGCAAAAUGCUAAAAUGUUGGAAAACCACAAAACCUUAGUUGAGCAGUGUAUUAGAGGAGAAGGUGUUGUACAAGUGAACAUUCAGAUCAGAUCUGCUGAGAGGAAGAUAAAUAUCCUGGAUGUGUUGAAACCUGACGAGGAGCUGGUCCAGUUGCCAAACCAGAUGGAUGAUGAUUUAUUGGAAUUCGAAGAGCCCUUGGCUGCUUCCAGUCGGACUGAGGAAGUAUCAGAACCUGUGUCACAUGCGGCGGCGGUCAAGUGGGUAGUGGAUGCACAGUUUAAAAGUGAACACCGGGUUCGAGUGCCGGACGACCCCGCUGAAUGGUCGGUUCAGCAUGUGAAACUAUGGAUUCAGUGGGCCGUCCGCCAAUUCAAUCUGAUUGGUAUCAAACUGUCUGACUGGAAUAUAUCCGGCGAAGAGUUGUGCGCUAUCAACAAUGUAGAAUUCAAAGAAAAAGUACCAUCGGACCCGGGGGAUAUAUUUUGGACACAUUUUGAAUUGCUGAGGAAAUGUAAAUUUAUUGCUGUGAUUCAAAAUGAUGAGCAGACGGUGAAAGAUCCUCUAGAAGUUCCACAAUCUGCUAUAAAGAAGAAACCAAAACAGGUGGUGAUCAGACCAUCAGAGGACGACUGGUCAUCAUACGUGACGUCUCGAAACGGCAAUAACGGUCAGAUCCAGUUGUGGCAGUUCUUGUUAGAAUUACUAACAAGCGCGGAGUACUAUGAUGUCAUCAGAUGGCAUGGUACUGAAGGCGAGUUUAAGUUGUUGGAGCCUGAGAGAGUGGCCACGCUAUGGGGCGCUAGGAAACACAAGCCGGCUAUGAAUUAUGAGAAAUUGUCGAGAGCUCUAAGAUACUACUAUGACGGUGAUAUGAUCGCUAAAGUUUCAGGGAAGAGAUUUGUAUAUAAGUUCGUCUGCGAUCUCCGUCAGCUACUUGGCUACGGCGCGGGGGAGCUGGCAGAGUUAGUUAAGGAAGUUCACGACACGGAAAUGCAAAAUGGUAAUCCAAAUUUUACGGACAAAUACAGAAUGUAUGACUUAGAGGAGACCAGUUUACACACAGAUAGAAAGUAG